AUGUACUCCAACAGAUCUCAUACAUAUAGGAAGAAUGACUCUUUAAAACUUUAUCCGGCUAGUCCGACUGAAUCUCAUCUCUAAGAAUCAGAAUACAAAUAUUUACCUUUGAUUACGAAAGUUAAUUAAGAAUAAUUAGAUCCAAAAUGGUAGGAGUGCAAGAUAGAUGGCAAAAAUCUCCUUCCCAGAUCAAGUUCAUCAAUAACCAUCUUAAACAAUCAUUUAUAUUUAUAUGGAGGAUACUAGUAUGCAGAAGGUAUUAUGAAAGACUUCUACAAACUUAAUCUGAAUGCUCAAACUUAUGUAUGGCAGAAAAUCAAAUGCGAUUAUGAACCAGGACCUCGUUGCAGACAUUCAAUUUGCAGUUACUUAGAUAAUAUUUACUUAUUUGGUGGAUAAGUAGCUGAUUCAAUUUCAACAAAUGAAAUAUUCAUUCAUGACGUCAAAAAACAAUAAUGGCAAAAAUUAGAAAUUAAUAAAACCUAUCCAUCACCAUUGGAUAAUCAUUGUGCAACGUUAUACAACGAUUAAUGGAUAAUUUUUGGUGGUUUUUAUGGUGGGAAUGAAUGCAAACACUCGAAUGAUUUAUUCAGUUUUAAUUUCAAUGAGAAUAGAUGGAUGAAAUUAAACAAGCAAAAAGGGAUGGAACCAGCACCUAGAGAUGGUAGUUCCAUAACUAGUCAUAAUCAGAGUGUGUAUAUAUUUGGUGGAAAGAAUGGAGAUAAGAGAUAUAAUGACCUCUGGCAGUUCAAUAUGUUAACAUUAUAAUGGAUAUUUAUUGGCAUCGACAGUUUGAAUGAAGAUCUAAGGACUAGAUCAGGACAUUCAUUAAUUUCAUAUCAAAACAAAUUAAUUUUAUUCGGAGGCAUUCAUGAUGUGACUUGGGAACUUGAUGAUUUGCAUAGCUUCAACGUGGAUAUCCAAAAAUGGAAAACAAUCAAUGCUGAUACUUCUAGGCGAAAGGAAGCAGAAGUACCUUCUCCUACAAAAACCAAUAGAAAUCAACCAAGAUAACAGAAACCAAGGAGAGGACCUAUCUUACUUAGACCAUUAAGUUUGAGAAAGUCACCAAGUCCAUCACCAAAUAAACUACGUCCUGGAUCAUAAUCAUAGUAUUCUUCUUAUUCUAUUAAUAAUAAUCCCAAUAACUUUGCUAGUCCUGAGCUGAGUUAAUACUAAAGUAAUUAAAACAAUUAGAAUAAUUCAACUGUUCAUACAACUUUAAAUAAUGUUUAGGAAAGAAAAAGAUGGGAGCAGAAGAAAAAAAAAACAGCCAUGUUAAAAUUAUUUGAAGUUGAAAAUAGAGAAAUAAUGAACUUUUAAGAUGAUUGCAAUGUGACUGAAAAAUUAAAGACAUCUAUUAUCUUGAUUGGCAAUCCUAAAUAAGACUUAAAAUUAAAAAAAGGAAUAUUGACUGAAUUUGGAUAAUAAAUCAUUUCAAAAUUUCUUUUACCAAUAACAGGAGGUUAGAAUGUUAUUAAUGGUAAGAAACCAUGCGCUAGAGAUGGACAUUCUGUUGCUGUAUUUAACGAUUUUAUGAUUGUAUUUGGGGGUGACAGACAUACUAUGUCAUUUAACGAUUUGUAUUUCCUGAACUUAAGUCACUUUUGA